AUGGAGGAAGAAUACAGUCAAGCAGAGUUAAAGAAUGAAAGAGCAUCCAAAAAUUCAGCAAUUUUGAUAGCAGCUCAAAUGUUGGUGCACUACUCUUCCAGUUCAUGGUUCAUUCCACUUCUGUGCAGAUUUGAGACAUCAACUUCUUCUCGUGCCAUUGAGUCCUACAUUGUUUAUUUGGGAGCACCCUCGGUCGGAUCAAACCCUACAAACUAUGAUAUCGAAGUCGCAACCGAGUCACAAUAUGAUUUAUUAGGAUCAGUUGUGGGAAGCAAAUUGGCAGCCAAGGAUGCAAUUAAGUAUUCUUACAAUAAAUACAUUAAUGGUUUUGCUGCUACUCUUGAUGAGAAACAAGCCAAGGAUCUUGCAAAGAAUCCAAAGGUGGUGUCGGUUUUUGAAAACAAGGAAAGAAAAUUGCAUACAACACGAUCGUGGCAUUUUCUUGGAGUGGAAAGUGAUGAAGGAAUUCCUUCAAACUCCAUUUGGAAUGCUGGAAGGUUUGGUGAAGAUACAAUUAUAGGCAACCUUGACACAGGUGUUUGGCCAGAGUCGAAGAGCUUCAACGAUGCAGGCUAUGGCCCUGUUCCUUCAAGGUGGAGGGGAGCUUGUGAAGGUGGCGCCAACUUUCGUUGCAAUAGGAAGUUGAUUGGAGCAAGAUAUUUCAACAAAGGAUUUGCAAUGGCAAGCGGUCCUCUCAACAUUAGCUUCAACACAGCAAGAGAUAAACAAGGCCAUGGUUCACACACUUUAUCCACAGCCGGAGGCAACUUUGUCCCCGGAGCCAAUGUCUUUGGCUAUGGCAAUGGCACUGCAAAAGGAGGUUCCCCGAAAGCUCGUGUUGCUGCCUACAAGGUUUGCUGGCCUGCGACUUCUGGUGGUGGCUGUUACGAUGCUGAUAUCUUAGCCGGUUUUGAAGCCGCCAUUAGUGAUGGUGUCGAUGUUCUCUCAGUCUCUCUUGGUUCUAAACCUGAAGAGUUUGCUUAUGAUUCCAUGUCCAUAGGGGCAUUCCAUGCUGUUCAACAAGGAAUUGUCGUGGUUUGCUCUGCUGGAAAUGAUGGUCCGGGUCCUGGAACUGUAUCCAAUAUAUCUCCUUGGAUGUUCACUGUCGCAGCUAGCUCCAUCGAUCGAGAUUUCACAAGUUAUGCUUCCCUUGGAAACAAGAAGCAUUAUAAGGGUUCAAGUAUUUCAUCGAGUGCAUUGGCUGGUGGUAAAUUCUACCCUUUGAUAAAUGCUGUAGAUGCAAAAGCUGCCAAUGCGUCCGAAAUCCUUGCGCAACUUUGCCACAAGGGAUCGCUUGAUCCAACAAAGGCAAAAGGGAAGAUUAUAGUUUGUCUUCGAGGAGAAAAUGCAAGAGUUGAGAAAGGUUUUGUUGUUCUUCAAGCUGGUGGUGUUGGUAUGAUUUUAGUGAAUGGCAAGAACGGUGGAUCAGGCACUACGGCUGAUGCCCAUAUACUUCCUGCCACUCAUCUUAGCUACACCGAUGGACUUGCUGUUGCUCAAUAUAUUAACUCCACCAAAACACCCGUUGCUCACAUAACACCUGUACAGACUCAGCUAGGAAUUAAACCGUCACCUGUCAUGGCUGACUUCUCAUCAAGAGGCCCUAAUCCCAUCACUGAGGCCAUGCUCAAGCCUGAUAUAACAGGACCGGGAAUGAGUAUACUUGCAUCGGUCACAACAGAUGUAACUGCCACGACAUUUCCAUUCGAUACGCGUCGGGUGCCCUUCAACGUUGAAUCGGGCACUUCCAUGUCUUGCCCACACAUCUCAGGUGUUGUUGGUCUUCUCAAGACUCUUUAUCCCACAUGGAGUCCAGCAGCUAUCAAAUCUGCCAUCAUGACUACAGCCAAAACAAGAGACAAUACGAUGCGUACAAUAUCAGACAACGUCAAGCCCAAGGCAACCCCAUUUGAUUAUGGUGCAGGACAUGUCCAUCCCAAUAGUGCAAUGGACCCCGGCCUCGUUUACGACACAACCAUCGACGAUUACUUGAACUUCUUAUGUGCACGUGGCUACAACUCCCUCACUUUCAAGAAUUUCUAUAACAAACCAUUUGUCUGCGCAAAAUCGUUCACAUUGACCGAUCUCAACUACCCAUCAAUCUCGAUCCCAAAGUUGCAAUUUGGGGCUCCAGUAACGGUCAAUAGAAGAGUUAAGAAUGUGGGAACCCCAGGAACAUACGUAGCACGUGUGAAUGCGUCCUCAAAGAUCUUAGUUACGGUCGAGCCGAGUACGUUGCAGUUUAAUAGUGUGGGUGAAGAGAAGGCUUUCAAGGUUGUAUUUGAAUACAAAGGAAAUGAACAAGAUAAAGGCUAUGUGUUUGGGACAUUGAUAUGGUCAGAUGGGAAGCAUAAUGUUAGAAGUCCUAUUGUAGUGAAUUUGGGAUCUUACAUCGUUUACUUGGGUUCGGAACAUUCCUCGGCUUUGGAUCCUUCCUCUUUAUCAGAGCAUUCCCGACAAGUUACUGCAUUACAUUAUGAUUUGUUGGGAUCUUUGUUUGGAAGUAAAACGAUGGCAGAGGAAGCGAUUUUCUACUCCUAUACAAGAAGUUUCAAUGGUUUCGCUGCCAAACUUGAUGACAAAGAAGCUGAAAAUCUAGCAAGAAACCCUAAGGUGAUAUCAGUGUUUGAAAAUAAGGCAAGAAAAUUGCACACAACGCGUUCUUGGAACUUCCUUGGAGUGGAGAAUGAUAUUGGAAUUCCUUCAAAUUCCAUUUGGAAUACUGCAAAGUUUGGUGAAGAUGUAAUCGUAGCCAACAUUGAUACAGGUGUUUGGCCAGAAUCAAAGAGCUUUAGUGAUGAAGGCUAUGGACCUGUGCCAUCAAAAUGGAGAGGCAUUUGUCAAACUGACUCCACCUUCCAUUGCAAUAGAAAGCUUAUUGGAGGAAGAUAUUUCCACAAAGGAUAUGAAGCCGCCGGAGGAAAACUCAACGCCACUUUACUCACCGUACGCGACCACGACGGCCAUGGAACCCACACUCUCUCAACCGCUGCCGGAAACUUUGUCACCGGAGCCAACGUUUUUGGCCAUGGUAAUGGCACGGCCAAAGGGGGUGCUCCCAAGGCUCGCGCCGUUGCCUACAAGGCCUGCUGGCCUCCACUCUUUGACUCACAAUGCUUCGACGCCGAUAUUCUUGCCGCUUUCGAAGCUGCUAUUGCUGAUGGAGUCGACGUGCUAUCAACUUCCCUUGGUGGAGCAGCCGACGAAUAUUUCAACGAUCCACUUGCUAUCGCCGCCUUCCUCGCUGUUCAACGAGGCAUUCUGGUCGUCUUCUCUGGUGGGAAUUCCGGUCCUUUCCCAAUGACCAUCGCCAAUAUUUCCCCUUGGGUAUUCACCGUCGCGGCGAGCACCAUAGACAGAGAGUUCGCCAGUUAUGUGGGGCUUGGAAACAAGAAACACAUUAAGGGUUUAAGCCUUUCUUCAGUUCCUUCGUUACCAAAGAAGUUCUUUCCAUUGAUCAAUUCAGUGGAUGCAAAAUUCAGAAAUGUCACCGAAUUCCAUGCUCAAUUUUGCGGCAAGGGGACGCUUGAUCCAAUGAAAGUAAAGGGAAAGAUAGUGAUUUGUCAAGUAGGGGAAACCGAUGGAGUAGACAAAGGCUUCCAAGCUUCUCGAGCUGGUGCCGUAGGAGUCAUUAUAGCUAACGAUCUCGAAAAAGGAGACGAAAUUUUUCCCGAAUUACACUUCAUUCCCGCUUCCGAUAUUACAAAUACCGAUGCACAAAUAGUCCAAAACUACCUCAAAUCCACCAGAACACCAAUGGCUCAUUUAACUAGUGUCAAAACAUUGUUGAGUGUCAAACCAGCUCCAACCAUCGCUACCUUCUCAGCUAGAGGCCCCAACCCAAUUGAUAGUACCAUUCUCAAGCCUGAUGUUACAGCCCCUGGUGUGAAUAUACUGGCUUCUUAUCCCACUGGAAUUGCUCCGACGUUCUCCCCUGUGGACCGACGGCGUAUCCCGUUUAAUGUUAUCUCUGGUACUUCCAUGUCUUGUCCUCACGUUGCCGGUAUCGCCGGUCUUAUUAAGUCCAUUCAUCCUAAUUGGAGCCCUGCUGCUAUCAAAUCUGCUAUAAUGACCACUGCCAAAACAAGAGGCAACAACAACCAAACAAUCCUCGACUCAACAAAACUGAAGGCCACGCCAUACGCUUAUGGCGCAGGACAAGUAAAUCCAAACGAUGCGGCAGACCCUGGCCUUGUUUAUGAUAUCACUGUUAAUGACUACUUGAACUUCUUGUGUGCUCGAGGCUACAAUGCAAUGCAAAUCAAAAAAUUCUAUGCUAAGCCAUUUAGCUGUGUUAGAUCGUUCAAAGUCACGGAUCUCAACUACCCGUCGAUCUCGGUCGGGGAGCUGAAAAUUGGUGCUCCCUUGACAAUGAAUAGAAGAGUUAAGAAUGUGGGAAGUCCAGGAACGUAUGUUGCACGGGUCAAAGCGUCACCCGGUGUUGCGGUUUCGAUCGAGCCAAGCACAUUGGUGUUUAGUAGGGUGGGUGAAGAGAAGGGCUUUAAGGUUGUAUUGCAAAACACAGGAAAAGUGAAAAAUGGAUCAGAUGUGUUUGGAACAUUGAUAUGGUCUGAUGGGAAGCACUUUGUUAGAAGUUCCAUUGCUGUGCAUUUGGGACCUGGCAUUGGAAAUUAAUUUGUGGAUUAUUUUCAAACUUACACCCCCUAAGUUUUGGGGUUUUAUUAAUUUAAUUAAACCAUCAACGUACUAAUUUAAAUAUUGAAUUAAACUAUGAAACCAUAUCCUUUGGGUCAACCAUAGGUGUAACACUCUUAUUGCACAUAUUCGAAGAUUUCAUUUUAGCUUUUUGGUUCGUA